AUGUUCUGGCUUGAGGAAUGCCUGGAUACCUACGACACGCCGGAGAACUUCCGCUUCUUCCGUCGCCACUCGGGCCUGCUGGGACACGACAUCGCACACGUCGGUAAUCCGGAUGUGUGCACGGCAGCCGGUCACAGCUUCUUCUGGGGCAUGCUCGUCUUCCGUUUGGAACAAGCGCCAGGCUAUCCUCCCCGAGAUGUGGGGCUGGAGUUCAGCCUCUGCGUGCCCAAGAGCUGCUCCUUUUCAGUUGUGGAAACCAUCUUCGUGCCAUACACACUGGGGCGCUACCUCGGCCUCAACUGGGGCCCCGAGACCCCGGAAGUCAUGUCGAGGUGGAAUGUGGACAAAGCGAAUACGAUCCCUGUGGAGGACAUGGUGAACCACUUUGUCCACAAAAUUGUGGCGAAGCAUCCGAAGGGCCCUGGCGGAUGGUAUCAGCAGGAGUGGCCCUAUCGCCAAAAGCUGUGGCAGUACCAACCGAGCUGGUGGCCAGGGCCCGAGAGCUGUGCGGUGCUCGCUGCACUGGCGGGGCCUCCGCUGGUCGCUGGCAUUUGCCUGCAGCUGGCAAGAUGUUUCGGCAUGGGUGCUCAUCACGACAAGGCCGUGCCCAAUGGUAGCAGAAGUUCCUGGCUGUACGGCCUACAAACCUUCGCCCCCCAGCGGCACCUCCACGACCUUUGGGUCGCCAGGAGCGGAGCUGAGGAGUUGCCCCAGCUCCACGUGCUUCGACUGAUUCUGCAACUCCUGGUCUGCUUUCAGCAUACUAUCUUGCUGGUCGACUGGCUGGGCGGCAGCGGCUAUGCUGGGAUCGAGAGCUUCCAGCCGACCACCAGCCAAGUGUCGAAGGUGCUUGGGCGGGUGAACCACACGUUCGCCUGCCUCUCCGUCGUGUUGAGCAUCCGGUCCAUGGGGAGCACCUUGCGUGCAGUUCGCGCGGCUGGUGGAGGGCUUGCAAGGUCCGCCCUUGCUGCCACGACCUGGACAAUGAGAAGAUGGCUCAGGCAAGCGUGCCACCUUGCUUUUUGGAUGUUCUUCUAUGUUCACCUCGCGAGAGAGAUUCCCUGGAAGCCUUUCCCGAACUUUACUUUGAUUUGGUACCAGGACCGGUUAGAUGUGUGUCGAGACUCUGAGCCAUUGCCGAGCGCGCGGCUACCCAAAGAGGUAGCUGCAUAUCUGCCCAUGUGGCUGCUGAGCCUGCUCUUUGUGUACGAGCCUGUGAACCAGUUGCUGAAUCUUUACCGUCCGGCGGUGACAGCUUGCCACAACAUGCAGAUCUUUGAGUCUCUCUUCGCGGUCAGCGUAGUCGGCGCAGGCAUCGGCUUCAUAAGGCACUUCAGUGGCAACGCCGGUGCCGUUUGCAUUGGCAUGUUGGUCACGGCCUUCUGCUUGUGGUUGGAGCCAGAGCUUCUUUGUGAGGGAUUUCGGAAUGGGCGUCGCUUCGUGGGCUGCACGCCCUGCGAGAUGCUUCCGGGUGCCUUCCUGUGUGCGUGGCUGUUGGAGGCGCGCUGCCUCCCGGCCCGCGGCCUGCAGUGGGGUCUGGCCGUGAUUGGAGCCGCGUUGCUGGUGGACUGGCUGAAGUUACCCAGGACCGAGGUUCUCCAGGAUGCUCAGCCCACGGAAGUUGCUAACAUGGUCUACUCGCCGCAGAAGAUCGUCGGAUUCUUCCUCGGAAGUGGCCUUCAUGCGCUCGGCAUGGCGCUGUUGCUGACGGAGUGGGAGCACUCCAAGAAGAAGGCAGUCGCACCAAGCGG